AAGAGCGAAUCAAACGACUGGUUAUUCGGCUCUAUAAAUACAAUCUCAUUUUCCCUACAUUCCAUUUCCUCUUCCACCUCAUUUUCUCUUCUUUCACUUCUCAUACAAGAUAUGGAUACCUUCUUAUUUACUUCCGAAUCAGUCAAUGAAGGUCACCCCGACAAGAUCUGUGACCAGGUUUCAGAUGCUAUCCUUGAUGCCUGCCUGGAACAAGACCCAGAAAGCAAAGUGGCUUGUGAGACUUGCACCAAGACGAACAUGGUUAUGGUCUUCGGUGAGAUCACGACCAAGGCCAAAAUUAACUAUGAGAAAAUUGUUCGGGAUACUUGCAGAGGUAUAGGGUUCACAUCAGCUGAUGUUGGCCUUGAUGCUGACAACUGCAAAGUUCUAGUUAACAUUGAGCAACAAAGCCCUGAUAUUGCUCAAGGAGUACAUGGCCACCUGUCCAAGAAACCUGAGGAAAUUGGGGCUGGUGACCAGGGUCACAUGUUUGGUUAUGCGACGGAUGAAACCCCUGAGUUAAUGCCUCUAACCCAUGUGCUUGCAACUAAGCUUGGAGCCAGGCUCACUGAAGUGAGAAAGAACAAGACAUGUCCAUGGUUGAGGCCUGAUGGUAAGACCCAAGUGACUGUUGCGUAUAGAAAUGAUGGUGGAGCCAUGGUCCCCAUUCGUGUUCAUACUGUUCAUUCAACCCAACAUGAUGAGACCGUCACCAAUGAGAAGAUUGCAGCUGACUUGAAGGAGCAUGUCAUUAAGCCAGUUAUUCCAGCAAAGUAUCUAGAUGAGAAAACCAUUUUCCACCUCAACCCAUCCGGUAGGUUUGUCAUCGGUGGACCACAUGGGGAUGCAGGACUUACUGGCCGAAAGAUUAUCAUUGAUACGUAUGGAGGCUGGGGUGCACACGGUGGUGGUGCUUUCUCUGGGAAGGAUCCCACCAAGGUGGAUCGCAGUGGUGCAUACAUUGUGAGACAAGCAGCAAAGAGCGUGGUGGCCUCAGGCCUUGCACGUCGCUGCAUCGUUCAAGUAUCCUAUGCAAUCGGAGUUCCAGAGCCCUUGUCGGUUUUCGUAGACUCAUACAAGACAGGCAAGAUCCCUGACAAGGAUAUAUUGGCAUUGAUUAAGGAAGCUUUCGACUUCAGGCCGGGAAUGAUCUCUAUAAAUCUUGACUUGAAGAAAGGAGGAAACUUUAGGUACCAAAAGACUGCUGCUUAUGGUCAUUUCGGCCGUGAUGAUCCUGAUUUCACUUGGGAGAUCGUUAAGCCUCUUAAGCCAAAGGCCUGAGUUACCACCGUAGCCAUAAUGUCAUCGGGGUAGAUAUCUGUCAAUUUGUUCCAUUCUACAUUCUUUACUUUGGAUUUCCUUUUCAGGGCAUGAUUGGUUUCAUCAACCAUUUCUCUGGUUUGCCAUGGAUUUUUUAAUUUUAUUUUUAUUGUUUAAUCAUUCAAUUCAAUUUGCUUUUUCUAUUAUUCAAAUAUUGUUGAGGUACAAAUGCUGUCGUUAGCUCUACCUCCUGGGUAAUGGAUGAGUUGAAAUUCUUUUGUAUUU